UGACGUUUACUGUCUGUGAAGUAAUGCUAUGUUGCGUAGGAGCAAUAGUGAUUCCAUAGAAGUAAUAAACUAAUGAUAAUAAAAAUUUGGAUGGCACACACGCAAAAUUUUAUUCCAUUUGGUAAAAAUCAAUCCAAAUCAAUCAAGGGGGAAGGGCUAGGAAUAGGGGGAUGAGGGGAUGCCAUAUAUGACUUCACAGACUACAUUAUACUAAACAUAAUCACAGAAGCAAAACAGCUGAUUUCACUCAUCUCACGUCAUACAUACGUCAACUUAUAACCUAAAAAUGCUACCAUCGCAAACAAAAGCAAUAAAAACUUUUCAAUUCAAAUUCAAAACACAAUAAAAUGCAGUCACCGCAAUCUUCUUAAACUGCCUCAGCUUCAGAACUUGUGGAUCAUCGGAAUACCUGUGGAUCCGAAAGCCUUUCUAUUAUGAAUCUAAAACGACGAACAAGACCCAGCCAUGUCUGUAAUCUCACUGCCAGAGCUACCAGUAGAAGUUUUAGUCAACAUAUUCAUACACCUUCAAAUAGGAGACCUCCGAAAUGUAAUGCUCACUUGUAAAACAUUCAGGUCAUUGGUAUUGCAUGAUACCACAAUAUGGAAGAACCUAUCUCGAGGUAAACUGAUUAUACAGAGGUCUUCUAACACAUCAAAACGCAAUCUCCCAAUAUCACCAUACCACAACUACAGGGACUCACAUAAUUGGCGAUAUGGCAUAUACAAACAUGAAGCCAUAUUAAAGCACAAUGAAAACUACAUGCCAUGGAUUCAGUGUGAGGGUGAAAAAUAUCUGCUUGUGACUGUCGGGUCGGUGUUGAAAUGCGUUUCUCUGGAGAACAGGAGCCACUACAUACUGUGGAAACUGGAUGUGCCUAAGGUUCUCAGAGGGGAUAUAAGAACCAAUGACAUAUCAAGAUUUAUACUAAAAAAUAAUAUCUUGGCUUGUGGCAAUAGAGAUGGCUGUGUAGCAGUAUACAGAGUGAACAAUAUUCGGGAGAAGCCUACCUUGCUCAAGCACAUUGAGGAUUGCCACGAGGAUGGCGCGGUGGAGGUGUCUGCCGUGGAGGUGAUCAACAAACACCUCCCCUGCGUGAUCACCGCCUCCAGUAACAGCCAACAACUGAAGUUCUGGCACUGGGAGUGCAAUGAUGCUGGAUAUGAUGCCAGAGACAUUACCCUGUUCGAGAGUGUUGGCCUCAGAUGCCUAGCAGUGGACGAGGCGCAAGAGAGGGUGGCUGUUGGACCGAACGGGAGCGACCAGCCAGUGAUACUUGAUGUAGAGACUGGUGCCCAGCUAACGACGCCAGCCUCUCAGUUGAACUUGAAGCGGGCCGUCCGCGACGUGCAAUGGCGCGACGCCAGCACCGUGGUGUGGGUCACGCACUCCGGCCUGUUACAGUAUCUGGAUGUUAGGACUGAUCGAGUUGUGUACAAAGUCACGGACCCAUUCCAGUGUUCCCUCUACUGCGUUAAAACUGACGGCAGGAACGCCAUCGUUGUGGGGUCGUCAGAAUAUUCGCGCUGUGUGCUGUUCGAUAUCAGGAAUGCGGCCAGCCAUGUGCAGAUGUACUUCACACAGAAAAAGUGUUCACCGAUCUACAGUUUAGACUUCGACACUUCCACGCUCAUAGCGGCGGCAGACAGGAGCGUCACGGCGCUACGCUUCAACAAUAACACGAAGUGGGCUACCGUACGAGACUACUCUCAGACAUUUGAAGUUGUCAGAAGAUAAAUUUAUCGUUAGAAUUUAUUUCAUUUUGUAGGGUAUUUACUUUAGUUAAGUACUUUCGUAAAGCGAAAAUAAACAAAACAAAACGCCAUGAAACCAUUAUAUUAUUGUAAAGAUAUGAAUAUAUUUUCAAUUCAAAUGAA